CGGGGAAAAGGCUGGAGACUGAGCCCCCUGCCUCUCCCCGAUGGAGGCUGUCCCCCCGCGGCGCCCUUAGAGGAGGAGGAGGAUGGCCUCCUGGCAAGAGCAGGGGGAGCUGGAGCCCGAGCCCGAGAGCAGGGUGGCCGGCACCAAAGUGGAGCUCACCGUCUCCUGCAGGAACCUUUUGGACCUGGACACUUUCUCCAAGUCUGAUCCAAUUGUGAUUCUCUAUAUCCAAGGAACUGUAGACAAGGAAUGGCGAGAGUUUGGUCGCACAGAAGUGAUUGAUAACACGCUAAACCCAGACUUUGUCCGGAAGUUUGUCCUCGACUAUUACUUUGAAGAGAAGCAGAACCUGCGCUUUGAUGUUUACAAUGUGGACUCCAAGACCAGCAACCUACCCAAGCAUAAGGACUUUCUAGGACAAGCUUAUGUGGCACUGGGCGAGGUCAUCGGCUCCCAAAGAGGUCGCUUGGAGCGGCCCCUCAUCGGAGUUCCAGGGAAAAAGUGUGGCACCAUUUUGUUGACUGCUGAAGAGCUCAGCAAUUGUCGCGACAUUGUCACCAUGCAGCUGUGUGCCAACAAACUCGACAAGAAGGAUUUCUUCGGCAAAUCUGAUCCCUUCCUUGUUUUCUACCGCAGCAACGAGGAUGGCACGUUCACCAUUUGUCACAAGACAGAGGUCGUGAAGAACAACCUGAACCCAGUAUGGCAGCCCUUCUCAAUCCCUGUGCGUGCCCUGUGCAAUGGAGACUAUGACAGGACUGUGAAAAUUGAUGUCUACGACUGGGACCGGGAUGGCAGCCAUGAUUUCAUUGGAGAGUUUGCCACAAGCUACAGGGAGCUCUCUCGUGCCCAGAGCCAGUUUACAGUCUAUGAGGUUUCAAAUCCUAGGAAGAAAUGCAAGAAAAAGAAAUACAUUAACUCGGGCACUGUCACUCUUCUUUCUUUCACGGUGGAGUCAGAAUUCACCUUUGUUGAUUAUAUCCGAGGCGGGACCCAGCUGAAUUUCACAGUUGCCAUUGAUUUCACAGCUUCCAAUGGAAUUCCUUCACAGCCCACCUCCCUCCAUUACAUGAGCCCAUAUCAACUCAGCUCCUAUGCCAUGGCGCUGAAGGCUGUUGGUGAAAUCAUCCAGGAUUAUGACAGCGAUAAGCUUUUCCCUGCCUACGGCUUUGGCGCCAAAGUCCCACCAGAUGGAAAGGUGUCCCACCAGUUCCCUUUGAACAACAACCCAGACAACCCCAACUGUGAGGGCAUUGAGGGGGUGCUAGAAUCAUAUUUCCAAAGCUUGCGUACUGUGCAGUUAUAUGGACCCACCAAUUUUGCACCUGUCAUCAACCAGGUUGCCCGUUUGGCUGCCCAGGUUACUGAUGGGUCCCAGUAUUACGUUCUUCUCAUCAUCACGGACGGAGUCAUCUCUGACAUGCUGCAAACCAAGGAAGCAAUUGUCAGCGCCUCUUCUCUGCCUAUGUCCAUCAUCAUUGUAGGAGUAGGCCCUGCUGAGUUUGGAGCUAUGGAAGAGCUGGAUGGAGAUGAAGUGCGGGUCUCCUCUAGGGGGCGCUAUGCUGAAAGAGACAUUGUACAGUUUGUGCCAUUCCGGGACUAUGUGGAUCAUUCAGGGAACCACGUGUUAAGUAUGGCACGCUUGGCAAAGGAUGUCUUAGCCGAAAUCCCUGAGCAGCUCCUCUCCUAUAUGAAGACCCGGGACAUCAAGCCCAUUUCUGCUAGUCCACAGUAGCACUAUCCUCUGUGCAGCCUGACUCAAAUCAGAUUAUUUUUGCCCCAGUUGGGAGUGGGAUGGACUCUUACAAAUUGAGCAAUAUGGGCUGUUUCCACUCUCUCAUUUGGAACUGAAUAGAUUGGGGCAAGAGGAAAGAAGAGGACAUCUCUAUGGGGAGGUGGGCAGGAGAUGAACUCCAUGCCUCAUACAGGCUGAGACACCAGCACAAAAAGCAUAAACACCCACCCAGAGGCUCAAAAGGAUGACUCCAUAAAGCAGCUCUGGCCAGGGGCAAGGGCCAGAAGGAAGCUGGCUCUGAGGCAGUAUUUCCUUGAGAUCAAAUCUGCUAAAUAUGGUGCCGUCUAACUCUGUUUAUUGAUAAUAAACCAUCCUUGGU